UUAAAAAUGUUAAAAGAGGACAAACGGUCACCUCUUGUGGCAGCAGCUGUUCACUUACCCUGUCUGGUGGUUAGGUAAUUCCCCUUUGGAUGUACUCACACAAAUACUGAAUCACACACUGUAGGGAAAUAGUCAUUACUAUCAGUGAAUUAUGACUCACUCCACACAUAGAUGUUACUAGAAUAUACACCAUCGUAGUACUGUUACCACAUACAGCAGAGCAAAUGGUCCUGCCAUUGUGGUAAGUGUUUUGUGUUUUCAUUAUGUACUUUGAUGCAUUUCUUGUAAGAAUGUAUUUUCACUGUAUUAGAUAGACAGGAGUAAAUAAAAUGAAAAGAUCAGAGGUUAUUUUUGUGUGGCUGUACAACAAUGUUGUUACUAAUCACCGGGGUGACAAGGCCGUCACAUUUGUUUCUACUCUGUGACAGCUGUGUGAGCUCACCGAUUUGGCCAACCAGAAUUCUUCAUAGAUGGGGUGGUUGGCUAUAUUUAGAGGGACACAGUUAUAUUGAAGUGGCUUCAGACCUGACUGCCUAUAGUUCUCUGUCUUCACCAGCUGGGACAGUCGGUCAAAAACUGCUUCACCUUCAUUCACUUCCUGUCCUAAAAGAAUGGAUCCCCAAAGCUUGAAGGAAGAUCUCCGUCUUUUUCAGAGCACUUUGCUGCAGGAUGGACUCAAAGAGCUUCUGAAUGAGAAUAAGUUAAUUGACUGUAUCCUAAAGGUUGGAGACAGAAGCAUCCCCUGCCAUCGGCUCAUUCUGGCAGCAUGUAGUCCUUAUUUCCGGGAGCUUUACUUCUCAGAGGAUGGCAAGGAAGCGGACAAAACUGAGGUUGUUCUGGAGAAUCUGGACCCCAAAAUUUUGGAGGUGAUUGUGAAUUACAUGUACUCAGCAGAGAUCGACAUCAACGACGAUAAUGUGCAGGAUAUUUUGUCUGUUGCAAAUCGCUUCCAGAUCCCCUCAGUGUUCACAGUUUGUGUGAAUUUCCUGCAGAAGAAGCUGUCGAAGAAAAACUGUCUUGCCAUCUACAGGCUGGGACUGAUGCUGAACUGCGCCAGACUGGCAAUCGCAGCCCGAGAUUACAUUGCAGAUAGGUUUGAGACCAUAGUCAAGGAUGAGGAUUUUUUAGAGCUUGCUCCACCUGAACUCUUUGCUAUUAUUGGAGCAGAUGCGCUGAAUGUAGAAAAAGAGGAGAUGGUGUUUGAAUUACUCAUGAGGUGGAUAAGGAAAGACAAAGAGAAGCGCGUAAAAUCCUUAGAGGAGGCCUUCGACUGUAUUCGCUUCCGUUUGCUCCCUGAGAAGUACUUCAAGGAGAAAGUAGAGAAAGAUGACCUCAUCAAAGCUGAUCCUGAGCUUGUCAAGAAACUCAAAGUCAUCAAGGACGCCUUUGCAGGGAAGCUGCCCGAGAAGAAAAAGGGACAAGGUGGUGAAGAAGGAGAGGAGGGCAAGUUGCCUGGCUACCUAAAUGAUGAGCGCAGAUAUGGCAUGUAUGCCAAAGACAUGCUAUUGAUGAUCAAUGACACUGCUGCUGUGGCCUAUGACGGCAAGGAGAACGAAUGUUUUCUCGCUGGGAUGGCUGAGCAGAUCCCCCGAAACCAUGUCAGUCUGAUAUCAAAGAAGAACAAUCUGUAUGUGUUGGGAGGACUCUUUGUUGAUGAAGAGGACAAAGAAAACCCACUGCAAUGUUACCUCUACCAGUUGGACAGCCUUGCUGCUGAAUGGAUUGCUCUGCCACCGAUGCCCUCCCCCCGGUGUCUCUUUGCUAUGGGGGAAUCUGAAAACUUCAUCUUUGCUGUAGCAGGAAAAGAUUUACAGUCCGAUGAGUCACAUGACACUGUUAUGUGCUAUGACACUGAGAAAAUGAAGUGGACUGAGACAAAAAAGUUGCCCUUGAAAAUCCACGGCCACUGUGUGGUCUCUGAGAACGGGCUGGUGUACUGUAUUGGAGGAAAAACAGAUGACAAUAAAACAAUCAACAAGAUGUUUGCAUACAACCACAAGAGGUCAGAGUGGAAGGAGGUGGCUUCCAUGAAGACACCCAGGUCGAUGUUUGGAGCAGUCAUCCACAACGGGAAGAUCAUUGUGGCUGGAGGAGUCAAUGAAGAAGGCCUCAUAGGUGCAUGUGAGGCCUAUGACUUUGGAACCAACAAGUGGUCACCCUUCACAGAGUUUCCCCAGGAGAGGAGUUCAGUCAACCUGGUCAGCUGUGGAGGGCUGCUGUACGCUGUAGGAGGCUUCGCCAUGGUGGAGAAUGAGAAUAAAGAGUGUGCACCCAGUGAAAUCAUUGACAUUUGGCAGUAUGAAGAUGACAAGAAGCAGUGGAGUGGUAUGAUCAGAGAGAUGCGUUACGCUGCUGGAGCCACCUGUGUGUCCAUGCGUCUCAACACAGCCAGAAUGCCCAAACUGUAACGACGGUUCGGGGACAUUCAGUCUACUGCUGCAGAAGUGCUUUAUGUACACGCUCUUAUUUAGAGGUUCAUUGUUGUCAUUUAUCAUUUUAACAUAUCAGCCACGUCCCCUUUGCCUGUACUGAGUUUUUGUUUUAAUAAAAAUGUAUCAUGAUUUAACAUGAUCAACAAUUUCA